AUGGAAGUUGAUUCUGGCACAGCUGAUUGUCUAUCUCAAAUAGUAAAAUUACGUCAGCGUUUAUGCCGCCUAAUUAAGCUUGGUGAAUCUCAUGCUCAUUCGAAAACUCGAACAGAUGUGACAUCCAUCCUAGAAGAAAGUGUAAGAAGUUUAUUUUCAAACUCUAUGAAUGUCGAUCAAUUUAUUGUGCAUGUUGAACAAAUUUUAAAUGUAUCAAUUCGAAUAAAUCUCAUUGAUUUUUUUCGACAAACCAUAUCAAAAGCACACGAUUAUCUCAAAAAAUCUCAGAGUCCUUUAACAUGGGAUGAAUUCAAACACAUGCAACUUGAACCAGAUACGAAACAAUAUCAACAAAAUAAAAGAAUACAAUGGCACAAUAAAAUCGAGCCUAAACUUAAUCCUCCAAAUGUGAUACGAACGGAUGCCGUUGACUUGAUGCCAAAUGCUGUAAACUCUCCGCUUUCAAUUACGGCUCCUUAUUCAUCAAUACAUUAUCAAAAUCCAAUCGUACCGACUGUGAAUCUUAAUCAACAACAAUAUUUGUAUCAUCCAAGGCCAUUUCAGCAGCAGUCGAUGCCAUCUCAAAUUGCAAUUUCAAAUUGGCAACAAGCGUUACUCUAUUCUUCCUCUUCUACAUCUAAUCAUAAACAAUUACGACAGUUAAAUAAUCAACCAUUUAAUUAUGUCGUUGAUACACCGGAAAUUGUGGAAAUUAAAGAUAAUAAUAGUGCAGAACAAACACAACUUGAUAGUAACAGAUUUCAUCGAUGGCUGAUGAGAAAAUUAGCUUUAAACAUGGAGAAACGUUUUCAGAUCAGCGCUAUUCAAGAGCAAGCGGUUCAAAUUAUUCUCUCUACAUUACAUCAAUUAUUACUCUAUCUGUUACAACGUUUAAAACUCUAUACCAGUCAUCGUGCAAAUUCUCAAAUUCUGUGUCAAAAUCCCAGCUAUGUUGAACAAACCAACGUGCGGGAACAAAUGCGAUUUUUAUCAGAAAUUGCGAAACUACAACGAGAAGAUGAAGAAGUUAAUGAGCGAAGGAAAAUGUUUCGACAAGGAAAGCAAUAUUCAACAACGGUGGGUAGGAAUGAUGAUCAUAUACAAGCUGAUGAACGACGUCAUCGUACGCGUGAAUAUAAACGCGCAGUCAUUGAAGAACUACGACAAAAAGAAGCAGAUGCUACAGCGUGCCUCGUAUUAAAACAAAGUCGACAGAAACGAACAUUACUAACGGGAGUGAAUGACGACGAAGAAACAAACGUCACUAAACCAAAACGUCUAUUGAGAGCAAAUUUACAGGAUUUAAUAUCGAUUAUGGAAAAUGAACGAUUAUUCAAACGUUCAAAACUACUUUUAUAUGCUUAUUUCAAAUAG